AAACGUAUCACUUGAGCGAACAAGAACUAAUUAGAUCAACAAUAACAACAACAAGAAAGGAAAAUGAUUGAAAUGAAGUCGGAAAUCUUAUCAAUAAUAUGCAUCAAACCUUCCUCUCCAACACCUUCUCAUCUCAAAAUAUUCAGGCUCUCUCUUCUUGACCAGCUAUCCCCUACCAUUCAUGGCAACAUGACCUUCUUUUACACCUCCAAUGUUAAAAUAUUAUCAAAUCUCUCCCAAACCCUCCAGGAUUCCCUCUCCCAAACCUUAACCCUCUUCUACCCUCUGGCCGGUCGCCUUCAGGACGCAGCCACCGUGGACUGCAACGAUGAAGGCGUGCUCUUUAUUGAAGCUCAAGUCAAUGUCCAACUGUCCGAGUUCCUUUCACAACCUGACUUCAAAUUAAUUGAUCAUUUACUGCCAAGCACCGACUCCGAAACCAUGGGGCUUUCAAAUGGCGCCAUGUUGCUCGUUCAGUUCACUAGCUUCACCUGCGGCGGGAUGGCCAUUAGUCUUUCUAUGAAUCACAAACUUGCUGAUUUAUCAGCACUCGUCACUUUCCUUCAAAGCUGGACAAACUAUAGUCACUCAUUUCACAAACCAGUUGUCCCGGAUUUCAUUGGGCCUAAUCUUUUGCCUGCAAGAGAUGAUUUUCCAAACAUGUCAGCUUCAGUGAACAUCUCCACCGCAAAGUUUACGUUGAGAAGAUUUGUGUUCAGCGCUUCAAAGAUUGCCGAACUUAAGGAUAGAGUGUACGAACGAUUUUUACAAGUGAUGAAACGCCACCCUUCAAGAGUUGAGGUUGUGCUAGCCCUCAUUUGGAAAUGUGCAAUAGCCGCUAACAGAUCAAAAUCAGGGUCAUUUAAGCCGUCUGCUUUGUUCCAAGCUGUGAAUCUCCGCAAAAGAAUGACCCCUCCUGUACCAGAAUCAGCUUUUGGAAACUUUGUCUGGCCAUUUAUGGUGAUUGCAGAAGAAGAUAAUAAGGAUGACUUGGAACUACACGAGCUAGUGAUUGACAUGAGAAGAGCUUUUAACAGUUUUUGCCGUGAUAUGGCCGAUAAAUUCAAAGGGGAAGAAGGUCAUUUAGCCAUUUUAGGAGCUUUAAAAGAGAGAGGAGAAUUCUUCAAGAACAGAAAGGAGAUGACAGUUUACAAGUGUACGAGUUGGUGCAAAUUUCCCUUAUAUGACACUGAUUUUGGGUGGGGGAAACCCGUUUGGCAUGUUAGUGUAAACAAAAUGGUGAGCAAUACAAUUGCUUUGGCUGAUACAAGAUCUGGCGAUGGAAUUGAAGCGUUUAUUACAUUAGAUGAUGAAGAUAUGGCCAUUUUUGAGUAUAAUGAAGAGCUACUUAAAUAUGCCACUCUCAACCCCAGUAUUGCUUGUGCUUGAUUUAAAAUUUGUGCACUGUUUCUUCUGUUAAAAUGUGUUUGAAUUUUCUUUAAUUACAGCUUAUUAAUUACCAUAACAUAUAUGUUCGGCUAUUAUUGUUGUUUUGUGUCAGACCCAAAGUCUUAAUUUGUAGCUAAAAGAGUUUUGAUUUUGUAAGUGGCACAAGUUUUUGUUCGGAGUUUGCACA